GGCGGCGGCGGCGGCAGCGGCGGCAGCAGCAGCAGCGGCAGCAGCCCGGGGGCCCCCACUUUCUGGCCUUGGGAUCCAGACGGAAGGACGCGCGCAGGGGGCGCGGGGCCGGGCCGAGGUGCCACGUUCUCUGCACUCUUCGUAAUUGUUGCCAGAGCCGCCUCCAGCAAACAUGAAUGACAUUUCCCAAAAGGCCGAGAUUCUGCUUUCCUCAUCUAAACCUGUCCCCAAAACCUAUGUACCCAAACUUGGCAAGGGCGAUGUCAAGGAUAAAUUUGAAGCCAUGCAGAAAGCGAGGGAAGAGAGAACCCAGAGAAGAUCUAGAGACGAGAAGCAAAGAAGAAAAGAACAAUUUCUUAGAGAGAGAGAGUGGAACAGGAGAAAGCAGGAGAUGAAGGAAAUGCUCGCUUCUGACGAGGAAGAGGAGACAUCUAAGGUAGAAAAGGCUUAUGUCCCAAAGCUAACAGGAACUGUUAAGGGCAAAUUUGCAGAAAUGGAAAAACAAAGGCAAGAGGAGCAAAGGAAGAGAACUGAAGAAGAAAGAAAGCGCAGGAUGGAGCAAGACCUGUUAGAAAAGAGGAAAAUCCAGCGAGAAUUAGCAAAGCGAGCCGAGCAGAUUGAGGACAUAAACAAUACGGGAACUGAAUCAGCAUCAGAGGAAGGAGAUGAUUCCCUGCUUGUGACAGUGGUCCCCGUAAAGUCCCAGAAGACACCUGGAAAAAAGAGUUUUGAGGACCUGGAAAGAGAGCGGGAGGAACAGGAAAGAAGAAGACACGAAGAGGAAAAGCGGCUCCGAUACGAGGAACAAAGGCGAUCCCUCAAAGAAGCCAAGUGCCUUUCGCUGGUGAUGGACGAGGAAGCAGAGAGAAGCGGCGCCAAGGACGGGCUCUCUCCGGGAAAGCUGAAGCUCACUUUUGAAGAAAUGGAAAAGGAGAGACAAGAAAGCCAGAGGCGUCGGGCAGCGGAGGAGGCCCGGCAGCGGCUGCAGGAGGAAAGGCGGGCCUUCGAAGAAGCCCGGCAGCACCUGGUCAAUGAAGAGGAAGGCAGCCCUGAAAUGGAAAAUUCUCUUCGAGAAUCUCCUCGGCCUGGGAAGCUCAAGCUCAGCUUUGAAGACAUAGAAAGGCAAAGAAGAGAAGAGGAGAAGAGAAGGGCUGAAGAAGAAGCCCGGAAGCGAAUAGAAGAAGAGAAGAGAGCUUUCGCAGAAGCGAGGAAGAGCAUGGUGCUAGACAGUGAUUCUCCAGAGAUCUACAAAACAGUUUCCCAGGAAUCUCUUAUCCCAGGGAAACUAGAAAUUAAUUUUGAGGAGUUAUUGAAACAAAAAAUGGAAGAAGAAAAGAGACGGACCGAGGAGGAACGGAAGCAUAAACUGGAGAUGGAGAAGCAGGAAUUUGAACAACUGAGACAGGAAAUGGGGCAGGACGAAGAGGAAACAGAAACCUUUGAACUUAGCAGGGAGUACGAAGAAUUAAUUAAAUUAAAAAGGAGUGGUUCUAUACAAGCUAAGAACUUAAAAAGCAAGUUUGAAAAAAUCGGACAGUUGUCUGAAAAGGAAAUACAGAAAAAGAUUGAAGAAGAGCGAGCCAGAAGACGGGCAAUUGAUCUGGAGAUUAAAGAGCGAGAAGCAGAGCAUUUUCAUGAGGAAGAUGACGUCGAUGUGAAGCCGGCCCAGAAGAGCGAGGCGCCCUUCACUCACAAGGUCAACAUGAAGGCGCGCUUUGAGCAGAUGGCCAAAGCCAGAGAAGAGGAGGAGCAGCGGAGGAUCGAGCAGCAGAAGCUACAGCGCAUGCAGUUUGAGCAGGAGGAGAUCGACGCGGCCCUCCAGAAGAAAAAGGAGGAGGAGGAGGAAGAGGAAGGAGGCCCCGUGAAGGGCUCUGUGCUUGAAGAUGGAGAGGAGCCAGCUCGGUCCGGAGCACCAUGGUUUAAAAAGCCUCUUAAAAACACGACUGUGGUGGACGGGGAGCCGGUGCGAUUCACUGUCAGAGUCACCGGAGACCCCAAGCCCGAAGUCACGUGGUGGUUUGAAGGGGAGAGGCUCCAGGACGGGGAGGACUACCAGUACAUCGAGAGGGGGGAGACUUACUGCCUGUACCUCCCCGAAACCUUCCCCGAGGACGAGGGGGAGUACAUGUGCCACGCGGCCAACGGCAGGGGCACCGCGGCCAGCACCUGCAUCCUCACCAUCGAAACUGACGACUAUUAGCUUUUCUUUUUCUGGAGCUUCCUUCUUCUCAACUUUCCUACUGCAUCCGUCUCUUUCUGUGGAGGGGCCAAAUACAGGAAAUCAGAAGCGAUCACGCCUGUGCUAGACACUCUUCAAAAUAUUUUCUAAAGCUAUUUAAAGGCUUAACACGGAGACCUGCAAGCCUGAAUAAAAUCAGGGGGAAAAAAUCUGUCUGGGUAACUCGUCAUCAAUUCCCAUUCUGCCUAUUUCAACAUGUAACCCAAUAGUAUGCAUUCAGACCUUUCUGAUCGAGAAGUCAUGCUUAUUCAUACUCAGGGUGAAUUAAUCAAAAUGGAAGCAAGAGUGGGCAAAAAAAAGGUCAGAAGUAGGAUAUCUAAACUACAUAAAAUAUUUUUUAGCCUUCAAGGUAUUUUUAAAAAUACAUAGAUGAUAGGCUAAAUUUCCCUUCUCAAACUAAAAUAAAUCAGCCAUACUUUAAUAACAGUUUAAAACUUUUAUAUGACGAUAGCUUUCUUUAACAAUAUUAAAUUCAGAUUGUUUCUGGGGACCUUCAGUAGGAGAGACAUUUUGGUAAAAGGGCAUAUUACAAAUUCAAAAGAUAAAACUUAUUGUCAACAUAUCACAAAACAUUCUGAGACUUUUGAGUAUUAGUAUGACUGAGACAAAAACUUAUUCAAAUGAAUUACAUUGGCUUGUAAUUGUAUAGAUGCUUUUGAAAAUUCCAUACUAACCAUUCAUAUAAAUUCGUUAGGAUUUUUAAAAAAAGAAAAGAAAAACACCCUGGUAUCUAUAAAAAAAUGAUGAAGCCUUAGAAGUUCUGGAAAUGACAAGAGAAGAAGAGAAGUUUUAUAAACAAACUUCAAACAUCUCAAAUUAAACCUGUAGGUUAAGAUUUUGGUCUUUUGAAAUGAGUUUGUAAAUAAUUUUAACUCAUGUUCUUUUUCUCAAACUAUUCUUAUUUUAACUUUCUGGAAGAUAGGAUUUUAUUUUCCAAUGUAAACCUAAUAAUAAAUUCUGUAUUAAAGUAAA